UGAAUGCAAUAUUGAACCAGCUGGUGAAGAAACAAAAUGCUUCACUAAUGUCAGAGCAGCUAUUCUACCUGGGCAGUCAUGCCUUGAGAAAUAACCGGGAAACUUCGCUGCAAACUAUAUCCUGUGCUAGUCAUAAAUACAUGACCGUAACGGGAUUGAUUCAGCAUAGCGGGGCUGGCGGCUUGUUCACUUUUUCGCCUCCAUUAUUGAGGUCGCUUUCGAAGUUGUCAAUUAUGGUAGACAAGCAUAUGAAGAGUAUUAAAGCGCAAAAGCUUUUGAUGCCAUCACUUUGUCCUCUCAAAAUCUGGAAGAAAAGUGGGCGAGACCUAGUUUUGAAAGACGAAUUGAUGACUCUAAAUGACCAAAGUGGUGCUAAAUUCUGCCUGUCACCAACUUUUGAAGAAAUGGUCACGUUUUUAGUCGCAAACAGUAAUGUUUUAUCAUCUCAAUUACCGAUUGCUCUGUACCAAAUUGGACCUAAGUUUCGAGACGAACCUCGACCCAAACAUGGCCUGCUGCGUUGUCGCGAGUUCACAAUGAAAGACAUGUACAGCUUUCACGGAGACAAAAAUAAUUGUUUGAAUUUCUACAACGAAACGCGAGAGUGUUACAAGUCGUUCUUUGACGCGAUUGGUCUGAAGGUUGGCCAAGCAGUAGUGGAAGUGGAGGCUCCCUCGGGGGCUAUGGGCGGGAGUGUGUCUCAUGAGUUCCAUGUAUUGGCCGAUAUUGGCGAAGACACACUGAAUAAAUGUUCCAAAUGUGACUCUUUCUACCAUCCCGAAGUACACCGUAAAUGUCCAAACUGCACAUCCUCCGACAGCACACAACACAGUGCCAUUGAAGUUGGUCACACGUUUAUUCUGGGACAGAAGUACUCACAAGUUUUCAACUGCAUCGUGAAAGACCCAAAAAAGAACAAAAAUAUCAUCACACCUGAAAUGGGCUGCUACGGUUUAGGAUUAAGCAGAAUACUUGCAGCUUAUAUUGAACAAUUUUUUGACAAAAUGGAAACGAGAGACGAAAUAAACUUUCUGUGGAACAAAGAAUUGAGUCCGUACAACCUGUCUCUUGUUUUGCCAAAGACGGGUAACAAAGAACAGCUCAAAGCCGAAGAAAUGUUAUCUUUUUUGACAAAUUUUGGUGAAAGUGAAUUGAACGAGUUAAUCAUAGACGAUAGAGAGGAAAUCUUCAUUGGCAAAAAACUAACUGAUGCCAAGUUCAUGGGAUCUCCAUUUAUCAUUGUGCUAGGGAGACUUUUGAGUGACGCUCAACCUGCUUUCGAACUUAUCAAUAGAGCCACUGGAACAACUCAAAUUAUUGAUGAAUCUGAUUUUCUGUCUACUUUAAAGAACCUAAUCUAAAUUAAAGCCAAUCUUUAUAAACUCAAUCAUACUUUUCCUUUACAGUUGAGAAGCCGGAAUUUUAAUGGAAGAUGGUACUAUUGACUACUUGUGAUCUUCA